AUUAUACAGGGCUACAAUUUUGGCUCGCAGGCCACAAGUUCAAGUGAGGGAGUUUGUUCGGAGAAAAUUAGAGCAUAUACUGUAUAUUGGAGUAUUAUACGUAUUAUCAAACUAUAAUUACAAUUAACUAUGUAGCUGUAUGGACCGCCAUGAGAUCGCUCGUGUUAAGUUGCAUAAAUAGCCGAGUACGUACGAUCGGAAACCAGUUCCAGAGUAGCAUUCGUGAAAGCUUGUUGUCAACAUGCAGAGCGCCACAUUCGUACUGCUCCUGGCCGUCGUGACCAUGGCUGUGGCAGAAGGACAUUAUACGACGCUCUCUCAGACUGCGCAUGGCGGCGCUGAUUCCAACGCCAAUGCUAAUGCUGAAGCAAAUUCAGGAGGUGAUAAUGUGAACACGAAUGCAAAUGCCCGUACCAGUUCAGGUUCCGGUGGAUGGGGACUACCGUCAUUGAGCAUGUUUUCGGGAUCGAAUCCAAACAUAUUAAGUUUUGGUCAGACACGUCGGCAGUCUGGACCGGUCUAUGGCGCGAGGUCAAUCAGCCCCAACUCCUCUGUUGGUCUUGAUUCCUAG